GGGCCGGACCUGGUGCUGGCGCAGCUGGCCCUGGCCGACCUCUACCUCUGCGGGGGCUGGGUGGUCCCGCAGCUGCUGUCCGGGGAGGGGUCCGGCCCCCCGCCCGGGACGUCGUCCUGCCGCCUGCUGCGGCUGCUGCGGGCCUCGGGGCUCCUGGCCCCGGCCAACAUGCUGGCCCUGCUGGCCCUGCUGGCCCUGGAGCCCCAGCGCCGGCUCGGCCGACCCCGCGCCCUGGCCGCCCUGGCCUGGCUGCUCGCCCUGCUGCUCGCCCUGCCGCAGGCCCUCGUCCCCCGCGACGGGGGCCGGGAGCCCGCCGGGGCCGCCCCGGAGGGCUCCCCGGAGGCGGCGGCCCCGCCGGGCCCCUGCCGCCUCGACGCCGGGCCUCGCCCGCGCUGGCACGUGCAGCUCCUCGCCCUCUACGGGGCCACCGCCGGCCUGGCCGCCCCGCUGGCCGUGCUGGCCGUGGCCUGCGGCCGCCUGGUCUGGGCCCAGAGGACGGGACGGACGAGGGACCCCCCUCCCGCCCGGGCCCCGACCCCGGCCCGGGCCUCGACCCGGACCCGGGCCACGGGCCCGUCCGGCCUCCCCCGGGCCAAGGCGCGCAGCCUGCACAUGACCCUGACCCUCGCCCUGCUCUCCGUGGCCUGCCAGCUGCCCUACUUCGCGGCCGAGCUGGCGGCGGCCUGGGCGGCGGGACCCCCGGCCGGGGGCGAGGGCCUGGCCUCCGCGCUGGACGUCGUGGUGGCCACCCACGGCGCCCUCGACCCCUACGUCUGCCUCUUCUUCCAGCCCCGGGGCCGGCGACGGCGACGACGGCGGGGGCCGCUGGACUGCUGCGGCCGCUGCCCCCGCCUGCCCGGGGCCCGGGACCGGGACCGGGGCCGGGACGAGGAGGACGAGGAGGACGAGGAGGCCGGGGGCGUCCAGCCCUACCACCGGAGCCGGUGGCCCUUCCGCUACCAGCACCCUCACCCGCGCCGCGGCCGCCCCCAAGGCCCGGCCCCCUCUCCCAGGCAGCCCUCCUGCUCCUGCCAGAGCGUCUUCUAGGCGGCCGGAGAGACCCUCGGGGCCGGCGGACCCUCUUGGGGGCUGCUGGGGGGGGGGGAACCCCUCACCCCCCACGGACACGGACCCGGUUGCGGACCCGCGUGGGCCGUAGGGUUGGCCCUUGUAGACUGUGAGCCCGACGUGGGCAGGGAUUGUCUCUCUUUAUUGCUGAAUUGUACCUUCCAAACACU